AUGGUAACCUCACGGAGGGUAUCUUAUAUCCUCCCUUCACCUGACCAACCUCCUCCGCUCUUAUCGCUCCCACCCCUCGGCCAACAGCGUCAGGGACACCCGGCACCAUUCUUCAUACCUAAAACAGACGGCUCAGGCGCAAGUACGCCUGGUUCUGCACUCGGAUCUCGAAACCCCUUUCUGACUGCUCAAACACCCCUUACCGAGAAGCCGUCGCACCCUAGACAUUGUCUAGGUAUAACCUCCCUAGCAUUGGAUACCUCUACUUUGUUAUCUGAAUCGGACUCACCUGGAGGGAUACUAUAUACGGGUGGAAGAGAUGGGCUGGUGGCAUCUUGGGAACUGAACGUACCACACAAAAAGAGGAGAGGUGGGAGAUACGAGAUCUUGCCUGGAAGAGGUCAGAAAGUGAAAUGGGAGAGAAUAGGUGAUGGAGCUGAAUUUUUCGAUGAUGAGGAGUUUGAUGAUGAUGAGAAUGAUAGGCUAAGUAGCGAUGAUGAAGGUGAUGGAUGGGUCGGUGUAUCACAGAACCAAAAGAACAAAGGUGAAAUACCUUAUGAAGAUAGAUGGGAGAUCGAUAAGGAUGAAAUUGCCAACUCCAAGCCGCCUCCGACUACCUUCAGACAAUCUGCUCAAACUCACACCGAUUGGGUGAACGCGAUGCUCCUAUGUAAUCUCAACCAAACUGUCAUAACAGCCUCAUCAGAUCGUACGAUCAGAGCAUGGAACCCACAUGCUUCAUCGGACGAUCCAGCAUCUUUAUCACCCUCACUGGUAGGGAGUCAUAGAGACUAUGUGAGAGCGUUGGCUUGGGCAAAAUACCCAGGAUUACUCUUCUCAGGUGCACUGGAUAGACAUCUCAGUAUAUGGGAUAUCAAGAGUCAGGUUCAUGAACCUGUCUUCAAUAUCGAUCUGACCAAAGUAGAUGACUUCGGUGGAGUAGGACUGGAAGGUGAAAGAGGUAGUGUAUACGCACUGGGUGUCGAUCAUGCUGGACAGGUCUUAGCUGCCGGAACACCAGAACGAGUCGUACGACUAUGGGAUCCUAGAGCUGGUGAUCACAGUAUCGGAAAGCUCAUCGGUCAUACAGACUGUGUACGAAGCAUCAUCUUCAGCGAAGAUGGACGAUAUAUGCUCACCGGAUCUUCCGACACCACUAUCAAACUUUGGUCACUUGCUGCUCACCGAUGUCUACAUACGUUUAACCAUCACGAUUCGUCCGUUUGGGCUUUACACUCUACUCAUCCUAAUCUCGAACGUUUCUACUCUGGCUCCCGAGACGGAUACCUAUGUGUCACUGAUCUAGAACAAUGCGGCGAUAUUUCGGAAGGAGAGUGUGUCGUUCUGGCAAGGGAAGGGGAAGGCCAAAAAAAUGGUACCUACGAAUCGAAGACCGGCGAUGAGGGUAUAAGAUGUAUCACCGCCAUGGAUGAUGAAUACGUUUGGACAGCUACUGGUAGUGCCGAGAUCAAGCGAUGGAGGGACGUAGGAAGGAGAGUUGAUAGGUUGAAUCAGGAUUUCGACGGCUUGUCGUACAAUAUACCUACGGAAAGGAGUCCUCCAACAGACGUUUCCAUCACUGUACCCACAGGACUAGGUACACCGUUCUCCCCAAAUUCCGCGGCACCCAAUGGACAACACGCCACUGAGGGACCCAAUGGCACCGAAAAUGAUGACUUCAGGUCCAUCUCAUUUGCGCCAACCCCUUCACCCCGGAAUGGUCCAGCUAGUCCUACUUCACCGAAUAAUCCGAACGUCUCAACAGCUUCUGCCUUGCCUUCUGCCGUUCGAGAUCGAAUUACAGGAAACACCUCUCAAAGAGCUACCAGCCUUUCGGGGGCAUCUAUCGCUAACUCAGUAGCUUCGGAAGACGGUCGGAACAAACUAGGUAUAAAUGGUAUUCCAUAUCAGUCGCUCGUAUGUCUCGGAGUGCCCGAUUCGCCUUAUUCUUUCGGGUUUUCUCAACAUCGACAGGAAGAUAUGCACCGAGAGCCUUCCAUGACUUCCGUUCCUCAAGGUCUAAAUGGGCUGUUGAAAGCUGAGAAUGAAUCGCCUAGAAGGAUAUCAUUCCAGAUGGAUCGUGAACAACCCACUGCUAGGAUGGAGUACGAAGAUCGAGAGGUCGCCUCUGAGGCAAUUCCUUUACGGGUCAACCCCGAUGAGAUUGUAGCUGGGCGAAGUGGAUUAGUACGAUCGUUAAUCCUGAAUGACAGACAACAUGUCUUGACGGUCGACACGGAGGGUGAAGUUGCAGCCUGGAAUAUCCUCAGAGGGAUCUGUAUAGGAAGAUUCAGUACGACCGAGGUAGCCGAAGCGUUACAUCUCGAAAGAGGAGAAAAGGCCGAACAAGCCGUUAGGAAACAUUCCCAAGAGGUUUUAGAGAUGGUCAAAGAAAGAGUAGAAGGUGAAACUAUGGUCAUCACUUGGUGUCAGGUCGAUACGAAGAUCGGAAGCUUGGUUGUGCAUCUUGAAGAAGGCAGGGUGUUUGAUGCGGAGGUGUAUGCGGAUGAAAUAGGUUUGGAAGGGUUCGAAGGUAGUAAGGAGGAUAUCAGAAUCAAUCUCGGCAAAUGGGCUUUGGCCAACCUGUUCAGGGGCUUGAUCAAAGCUGAGGAACGAGAGGUGACUGAUCUAGCUGUAAAUCAAACACCCAGUACCGUAAAUUCAAGUUUACCAAGUAGUGUACCGAGAUCACCUGGGAUCACACAAAUAUCAAUCGAGAGACCAGCCGAUAUUCCUCAUCCUCACAGGAAGAGAGCUAUGACAGGAUCCUUCUCCAACCCACGACCACCUUCAUUGAAUAUACCAGGAUUGGUUUCUCCCGCAAGUAGACCGGCAGUCUUACCUGAAGUAUUCGAUGAACACUUAUCUCGAAGUGCACCUGAGUCUAACAGUUUCUUCCAGAAUUUCCAAGCAUUGAAAGUCCCGCAAUCACCUAGUGUAGCUUCAACUGCCAACCCUACCUUGUCACCCAAUACGGAAAGGACCAGUGCAACACGUGAUUAUUUCUCUUCGAAGAGGAAGAACGACCCUUCGCCUUCGAGAGAGUCAACGAUGAAUACACCUUCCACCCCCGCUGCUUCCAGUACUACUACGGAUAAGAAAGGUUUUAUGGGAAAGAUGAAAGGUCUAGGAAGGAAGAAACAGGCUGAAACUCCCAUGAGUCCCGUUGUUGAGAAAGUAGUCACUCCGGAGGAUGACGGCCCCAAAAUGUCAGAAAGGGAAGCCGAACAACUACGUAUCCUCGAUACCGUCCGAUCCCACCGAUUCUCUCCUCCAGGACCAUUGGAAGCUCCUUAUAUCCCCUUACCUCUCUCCACCGCAUUGCUCAUUUCUGAAGAAUCGAAAGAUGCCGGCGCAUGGGUAGUCACCUACCGAUCGCAAGUAUCUUCCACUGAGAGGGACAUGGAGGAUCUCGAGAUGAAUUCGCCUUUGUGGUUAUUGGAUUACCUGUUCGCGUCAAAUACGAGACAAAAGGAACCUGUCAAAUUGACUUUCAUACUGGAACCUGCACCUGGUAGUGGGAUGAAAGAGUUGCCUGAAGGCUCCGCAAGGUUAUCCGCCUCAAGAGCCUUAAGAGCCAAAAAGAUAUCCGCCUUCAUCGUGGAUAAAUUAGAUCUAUACAAUCCAUCGAAACUCAAACUCCCUUCAUUCGCUUCCCACCAUUUACGGAAAGAUUCUCUAUCACAUGGCAGAAGAUCUUCCACUUCUAAUGAAGAUACUCUACCGCAACCUGAAGAGAUCAUAGAGUUGAUAUGCGGUAACGAAGUGGUCAACCCUAAGAUUACGCUCGCAACGCUAAAGGCUUAUUAUGGGAGCGGACCGGAUAUGUUAUUGUAUUAUAGGUUGAAGAAAGGUAUACAGGGUUAA